CUAUAAAUAAUAAUUCCAAAGCUCCACCAAUCCCAUACUCUCCUCAUCCAUUUCAACCCCAGUUUGAAAAUCUCAAUCAAUAUUCGCUUGUUUAGUUAGUUCGUUUAACAUUUAACCAUGGCUGACUACUAUGGCCAUCAGCAUACUCAUCAUCUUCAUCAUCAUGAGCAGCCUGCACCUAGGUCUUACCAGGUGGUGAAGGCUGCUACCGCCGUUACCGCCGGCGGAUCUCUUUUGGUUCUCUCCGGCUUGACUUUGGCCGGCACGAUCAUUGCACUGACUGUAGCCACUCCCUUGCUGCUGAUUUUCAGUCCAGUGCUUGUCCCUGCGACCAUUACUAUAUUCCUCUUGAUGUUUGGCUUCUUGGCUUCCGGAGGUUUUGGCGUGGCGGCAAUUAGCGUUCUGUCUUGGAUCUACAGGUACAUGACAGGAAGGCACCCACCUGGUGCGGUGCAGUUGGAGCAUGCAAGGGACAAACUGGCUACAAAGGCUCGGGAGAUGAAAGAAAGAGCUGAGCAGUUUGGACAACAGCAAAUCUCCGGCACACAACAGGGUUAAUUUGCACUUUGUCAAAAAGUUCAAAACGGAGUUUGGGAAGUGCUGCAUUAGUUAGCGAAGGUUCAUUUAUAUGUCCACGUCUUUCUUUCGUUAAUCUUCAAGCCCAUUUUUUGGGUUUCUUGUUAAUUUUUGGGUUUUUUGUUGUUGAUUUUUGGGUUCCAUACUUAUAGGGACUCUUGUUUUUACUUUAUUUUAGUAAUCUCUAGUUAAUGUUUUGCGAUCAAAUUGAAAUAAAUAGAGCUGAUGCUGUUUGCCGUA